AGGAGAGACCAAAACCCAAGUAGUCCUUUCCCUUUUUCAUCUCUGUCCAUUGUCACUCUGGAUUUAAGAAAUGUAAUCCGGGACAUUUCAUGCUCAACCACACAGCGAGGGCUGGUGGGGGUGGGAAUGCAGCACAAGGUGGUAAUACUGGGACUGACCCAACCAGCUGUUUUAAUCAGGGUUUGGUGUAAACCUCAGAAAUGCUGUUACCCCCCUGGUCCUGGACCAUGGUUUGCCUAAAUUGUACAUAAAUCGAAACUUAGAAGGAACUGUCAGACAGCAGUGUAACAGAAGGACUCUCCAAUGCUAUGUAUUACCAUGUCUGGAUUGAUUAGCCAUUCUGUUUAGGCUGCAGACUUCAGAAAGGCUCUCAUAUGGUACAGCUCAGCACCUGCCCACCACACUCUCCUGCAGGUCUAGUGUGGGAAGAUCUCCCAAGAGUGCUGGAGAGCACAGUGUGUACUACACUGCUACCCUUGAAUUCAGCUCAGAAUCAACUACCAAGUCCGUUUUGAUCAAAAACCCAGCUAGAGGAGCAAAAGGCAAAAAGAGCAAAAAGCCCUGCCUGGCUAUAACUCACCCUCUCCCACAUUCUCUAUAGAAACUCUGGGCCCCUAAUUUCAGGCUUCUCUUGGCACUUGAGUGUAGGGUUUUGUGGCACGUAUCUUGGGGAUGUGCGUGUCCCUGCAGUCUGUUGUAGGUGCCAUUCUUGUUGCCUUUGUGUUACACUUGCCAGCCUGGAGGCUAACAGAAAGCCAAGAGGUAAUGUCUUAAACAAAAAGGGAAGAUCCGGGGGGGCUCCCAGAAUCAGUGUGGGGAAUACUGAUACAACAGGGAGGUUAUGGAACUCUCAGCAUCUUGUGUGCAACCUCUGGUUCUGGGCUACAGACGAAGCUGCCAACAGGGAGAUUCUCCAUGAUCACUGUCUACAGAAGAGUUGGUGCAAUCCUUAACAUUUACUUUUUUUCAAUAAAACAACAGCGAUUCCCUUGUUCCCCCCCUCCAUUUUGCCUCCAUGGCCAUGCUACGCGAUGGAGCUCUCUGCUGGUUGCCCCAUAGCACAGCACAUUCUAGAACACCUGGAAAGGUUCUAGAGCAGCUGGAAGGGUUCUAGGGCCUGUGUCUCACACCUAGGAUGGAGAUGGGGCUGCUGGGAGCCGUCCUUCUCCUCUGCAUGGCAGAUGUUCUCCACUCUUUCGCGAUUGAGGAGAAAGAAGACAUAUUCAGGCGCAUGGUGUGCCCUGCUUUCCUGAUGUUUGACAACGCCGCCUACUUGGCCGACAUGACCUUCGAGCUCCCCUGCAACUGCAAGCCCGAGGAGGUCUCCAACGUCGUCUGGUAUUUCCAGAAGAACAUGGGAGGCCAUGAAACCACCGUCCUGACAGACUUUUCUGGCAACAUGGUGCUCGACUCGGGCCACAUCCACGUGGGCAGUGAUGUACUGAAGCGUUUCACCAUCCGGAUGUUCAGCCUCAUCAUUUUCCGCGCCCAGGUGUCGGACUCGGGCCACUACAUGUGUGGCACAAAGAAAGGGGACUUUUUUUAUGGCUAUGACGUGGAUGUGCAGCCCACCAAGCACAUCACAGUGGCAUUCUUGGACAUAGGACAGCACGUCCAGGAUGAUUACACAGGGAAGGCCUUCAGCCUCUUCACCACCUUCUGGGACUGGACCAAAUGCGACCGCUGCGGGGUGCGAGGUGAGCAGCGGCGCAUCGGGCUCUGCUACGUGCAGAGCGCCCGGCUGCACCCGCGCUACCGCACCGUGCUGCCCAACGUCACCUCCUGCGGCUCCAGGGCUGUUCCCGCACGGCUCCAGCGCUCCGGCCGCCGCUGGAAGCCUGAGGUGGCGGUCCGGAGCUGCAUGGCCCCGUGUCCGCAGGAGAACAACCCGCAGGAAGGCGUGCAGGCCAUCUCCAACGUCAUCUACAAGCUGGGCCAGAAGCCCUGGCUGCCCCGCGUCCCCACGCAGUUCUACAGGCAUCCCCUUGGAAGAGAUCUGGUCAUCGCCUGCCCCGGGGCCCGGCCCGAGCACGCCGUGGCGUGGGACAAGGGCUCGGUGCGGCUGUACCGCUCCCGCUACCUCGUGGGUGUCAACAAGACCAUGCGCGUCUUCAUCGACCACGGAAACCACCUGCACAUCCGGCGGGUCCGCUUCAGCGACAGAGGCACCUACUUCUGCUGGAGGGAGGGCAAACUGGCGGCCGGCCUGCGGCUCAGAGUGAGCUACGAGGCCCAGCGCCGCCGCUCGCUCGACGACCCCGAGACGAUCUACAUCAUCAAGGCCAUCGGCGUGAGCUACGUCCUCGUUGGGGCCAUCUUCAUCGGCGUCCACUUGUGCCGCUGCUGCUCGCGGGUGCUGCGGUACUCUGUGAGGGUGUAGCCUCAAUCUUACACCUUGUGGGAAAUUCAUCGAGUUUUGACCGCUAGAAACGCUGCCAAUGCCCUCUUAUCCUCCGCUCGGGGUUGCGCAGUGGUGAAGACCAAAGUGGAAAGUCCCAUUGAGCUGUGGCAGGGAUUUCCCACCACUGUGUCACUUCCUGGCUGCACUGAAGGCUCGUGGUGGGGUUUUAACCUCAGCGUAAUCCUUUUUGAAUGAAUGGCUGGAGCUGUCACAGUGUUUUCUGGCUAAGCACCCUGGAGUUCUUCUGCCAUGUCGGUGAUUUAUUAGUGCUGUUUUUCUAAGAGGACACUGAAAUCCUCCAGACUGUUCUACUCCAAUUAAUUCUGGCUUUCCUUACCUUUUAAAAAGUGCCAAUCAUACCCCUGUGCCAACUGUGUUCCCCAGGGCCAACCGCAGCCCAAAGCUACCCACCAAGGCCAACAUCAGUGACAAGGACCCUCCUAUUCCCAGUGCCAACUGUGCCCCAAAGGGCACCAACAUUUCAAGACACUCAAUGUUUGUGCAAGAUCCUCAGCUGAGCAAUCUCAUUUUUAAGAAGCUGAGUUUAAACGUACACAUUUCUAUUUUCCUUCUACACCAGAAUGCAGUGGGACGGAGCUCAAGGAGCGUUGGGACACCGCUCUCAUACAUAGGGUUUGGGUAUGGGUUUGGGUGGUGCUGUGCAGAGCCAGGAGUUGGGCUCUGAUCCACAUCCCUUCCAGCUGGGGAUAUUCUGUGAUGACAGAAUGCAUUGGCCAUGACCUGGGGCUCAGGGCUGAGCCUUGGUCCCACAGUGAGGAACCUUCGGGCAC